AUGGUGCUCUCCACAGCCCAGGUGGAGAGAGGACUGGCCAGGCUCAAGGUGAAGAAGGCGACUGGUCCAGAUGGCAUCACCUCCAGGCUGCUCAGAUCCUGCUCCGGGCAACUGUGCAGGAUUGUGGAGCACAUGUUCAACAUGAGCCUGAGGCUGCACAGGGUACCACAGCUGUGGAAGACGUCCUGCGUGGUACCGGUGCCCAAGUCAUCUCGCCCCAGUGACUUCAACCACUACCGGCCGGUGGCCCUGACAUCCCACCUGGCGAAGACCCUGGAGAGGCUGGUCCUCCACCACCUGCGCCCCCUGGUGAGCUCCUCCGCCGACCCCCUGCAGUUCGCCUACCGGCCGAGCAUCGGGGUUGAGGACGCCGUCAUCUUCCUCAUGCAGAGGUCCCUGGCCCACCUGGAGCGGGCUGGAAGCACUUGGAAAUGUUCUCAGUGCUGGAAAAUGUUUGCUGUCAAGGGGAGUUUGAAAGAACACAUGAGAACUCACACUGGUGAGAAACCUUUUUCCUGCUCAGAUUGUGGCCAAAGAUUUUCUCAGAAAGGAAACUUAAAAAUACACACAAGAACCCACACUGGUGAGAAACCUUUUUUUUGCACAGUUUGUGGCCAAAGAUUCUCACAUAAAGUAAGCUUAGAAAGACACAUGAGAACCCACACUGGUGAGAAACCUUUUUCUUGCACAGUUUGUGGCCAAGGAUUUUCUCAGAAGGGAAGCUUAAAAAGACACAUGGGAACCCACAACAGCGAGAAACCUUGUUCCUGCUCAGAUUGUGGCCAAGGAUUUUCUCAGAAGGGAACCUUCAAAAUACACACAACAAAGCACAUUGGUGGGAAACCUUUUUCUUGUACAGUUUGUGGCCGAAGAUUCUCAGACAAGGGAAACUUAAAAAGACACACGAGAACCCACAUUGGUGAGAAACCUUUUUCUUGCACAGUUUGUGGCCAAAGAUUCUCAGACAAGGGAAGCUUAAAAAGACACACAAGAACCCACACUGGUGAGAAACCUUUUUCUUGCACAGUUUGCGGUCGAAGAUUCUCAGACAAGGGAAACUUAAAAAUUCACAUGAGAAUUCACACUGGUGAGAAACCUUUUUCUUGCACAGUUUGUAGCCAAAGAUUCUCUCAGAAGGGAAGCUUAAAAAGUCACACAAGAACCCACACUGGUUAGAAACCUUUUUCCUGGUCGGGUUGUGGCCAAACAUUUCCU